UUUAACUGGAGUGGGGGAGUAGCAAUUAGGUUAGGCCACAUUGAUCAAAACUGCUGUGCUCACUUUGAAUUGGAGCCCCACAGUCACCUGACCUGAGCCUUUGUAUCUGCGAGCCCCAGCAGCUGCUCUGACAAACGCUUUGUCCACAUCUGUUCUGUUCACAUCUGUUCUGUUCACAAAUGGCGCAACUUGAAGGCUCCGCACACUCAACUGGAAUUUUCUGCUCUCAUUGUGAGAUGUGACUUUCUAGCCAUGGGGGAUUGGAACUUACUAGGUGGCAUCCUAGAGGAAGUUCACUCCCAUUCAACUAUCGUGGGGAAAAUCUGGCUGACCAUCCUCUUCAUCUUCCGGAUGUUGGUAGUUGGUGUCGCUGCUGAGGAUGUCUGGGACGAUGAACAGUCCUCCUUUGCCUGCAACACCCAGCAGCCGGGUUGCAACAAUAUCUGCUACGAUGAUGCUUUCCCCAUCUCUUUGAUCAGAUUCUGGGUUUUGCAGAUCAUCUUUGUGUCCUCCCCUUCUCUGGUGUACAUGGGCCACGCACUUUAUAGACUUAGGGACUUUGAGAAGCAAAGGCAGAAGAAGAAGUCACACCUUAGGGCCCAGAUGGAGGACCCAGAGCUUGACUUGGAAGAGCAGCAAAGGGUGGAGAGGGAGCUGAGGAGACUCGAGGAGCAGAGAAGGAUUCAUAAAGUCCCUCUGAGAGGAUGCCUGCUGCGUACUUACGUCUUACACAUCCUAACCAGAUCUUUGCUAGAAGUAGGGUUCAUGCUAGGCCAAUAUAUUCUCUAUGGGUUUCAAAUGCACCCCCUCUACAAAUGCACCCGACCCCCUUGCCCCAAUGCGGUGGACUGCUUUGUCUCCAGACCUACAGAGAAGACCAUUUUCAUGGUCUUUAUGUACAGCAUUGCUGCCCUCUCCUUGUUACUCAAUAUCCUGGAAAUAUUUCAUCUGGGCGUCAGGAAGAUCAUGAGGGCACUUGACGGCAAGUCCAGCAGUGGGAACACUGAGCAUGAAGCAGGCCUUCCGUUCCAUUCAACCAACUACUCGGGGGCCCAGCCGUGUAUGGUUUGCUCUUCUUUACCCGAAAGAUUCUCCCUACUUUCAGCCAACAAUAAACAGCAGGUCAUCCGAGUCAACAUACCAAGGUCUAAAAGCACAUGGCAAAUUCAACACCCCAGGCAACAUGAUGUGGACGUCUCCUGUAGCAAAAGAGACUGGGCUGAGAAAGUUGCAAACAGUGGACAGCUCCACGUCCACAGCCCUUGUCCCCACGAUGGCAGUGCCAGAAUUCAGCACCCAGGACAGCAACCGUGCCAGUCCCUCUUUGGCUCUAAGAACGCAAGGUCUCAGUCCUGGGUAGGUACUAUGACAGCUUCUCCCCACUGCCCACCAUCUACACUAGGAACCUGGGAGCGAUCCCAGGGCCCAGAGGCCUCAGGCAAACCUCUCGCAGAUCUUCAAAGUCACUUCCAAGGCAGCGAUGGCAGCGCGCGCGAGAGUGGGGUCUGGGUAGACAGACUCGGCCCAGGCAGUCGCAAGGCCAGCUUUCUGUCCAGGAUGCUGUCAGAAAAGGGACAACUGCACAGCGACUCAGGAAGCUCGAGGUCUCUGAAUAGCUCCUGCUUGGAUUGUCCACAAAGGGAAAACAGCCCUUCGCCUCUCCCAUCAACCACUGGGCACAGAGCAUCCAUGAACAUGCUUCUAGAACUUUCAUCUAUUAUGAAAAAAUAACGCACUGAGAGCUCUUGCCAUCUACAGGAUGGAAGCUAUGCCUUGGUCAUCUCCAGCUGGAAGAACUCCGCACUGCUGGCCAGGGUGUUUGGCUCUGGAGUGUCUUCCCAGGCCCGUGUGUUAAAGGCUUGAUCUUGGAGACUGUGGAGCCUUCAAGAGGCCCUCGUGAGAACUCUUAGUUAACCAGAGAUGUGCCCUUGAAGGAAAUGUGGGAUUGCAGCCCCUCUCCUUUUCCUACCUUAUAUAUUUAUUAGUUUAUUUAUAUAUUUAUUCAUUCCUUCAUUCAUUAUUUGUUCAUUCAUGAAUUCAUUCAUUCAUUCUUUAUAGACAGGAGCUCUCUUCUUAGUUCUGCUGUCCUGGAACUCUAAUGUAGAGCUGUCUGUUCUCUAACUCAGAGAUCUGUCUGCUUCUCCCUCUCAAGUGCUGGGACUAAAGGCAUGGUUACCAUGUCUGGCUCCCUUCUCUUUUCUUUUGCAUUCUGGCUACAAGGUAAGUUUUGUCACAUGCUCCCUCCAAGACUUGCUGCCUCACCACAGCCCCCAAAGCGAUGAGUUCAACUGGCCACGGGCUGAAACCUCUAAACCUGCAAGCCAAAACAACCCUUUCCACUUUGUAAGUUAUUUAUCUUGGGUCUUUGUUAUAGUUGCAGCGAGUGCUGGGCGCACCUGGCAGGCAGGUAGGUUCACUUCUGCUGGACCCCUUUCCAGGGCUGGAGGGAGCCUCUUUCAGCUGGGCCUGCUCAUUCCUGGGGCUGGAGGCAGCCUCUUUCAGCUUCACCUGCUCACGGGGCUAGAGGUGGGUGUGAAGAUCCCCUAGGGAGGAAUGAUGAGACACAAGGAUCUACAGACAACUGUGCAGCUCCCGCCCUGAAGAUUAGAAUGCCCUCCCCCUUCCCCACUCCCAAGCAGCUCAGUGGGACACCCAAAAUCUGCAGCGGCAGACAGGGGUCCCUUUAACAUGGCUCCAGUGCAAACUGGAGGCUCCAAACUCAUCCUGGGCUUGAGCCUACUUCAUGUCUAUAAGGGAAAGGCCGACAAGAAACUGACCAUGUGAUGUCUCUCAUCAGUUUGCUUUGUGAGCAUGAAGCAAAUGGAAUUUUGCUUUGUCAAUGCUGUCGAAAUUCAGCAAUGACUUAAAACACUGGGCCAAUGCAUCCAUGACCUGGUUAUAUUCCUGCUGCUGCCGCUCAUUGUCAGUGACGGCAAAUGUUGACUGCGAUCCAAAAAUUACUUCCAGGGGUUACUAGGAGGUACUGUCUUGUCUUCACCCUCCCUGUGGUCACGAGCUAUCUAGGAGAGGAGUGUUGAGAGACACGUGGCCCCCACUGUGCAGAGUGUCAUGGUGGGUCGUGGAAAGAGUUCCUUAGCUCUUUAACACAUGACCAGAUUGCCCUGAAACCCUGGCCAUAUACCCUGCAAAGACUUCAAGUCAUAAGAAGAAUCGAUGUGGCUCAAAGUCGUGAAGCUCUGUCAUCUCUGUGUCCAUGCCCUGUGUGCUGGUAGUUGUGUGCCAACUUGACACAAGCUAAAGUCAUAGGGAGCCUCAACUAAGAGAAUGCCUCCAUAGAAUUGGGUUUUAGGCAAGCCUGUAAGGCAUUUUCUUAAUUAGUGAUUCGUGUGGGAUGGCUCAGCUCACGGUGGGUGGUGCCAUCCUCGGACUGGUGGUCCUAGGUUCUAUAAAAAAGCAGGCUGAGCAAGCCAUGAGGAGCAAGUCAGUGAGCAGCACUCCUCCAUGGUCUCUGCAUCAUCUCCUACAUCCAGGUUCCUGCCCUGUGUGAGUUCCUUCCCGGACUUCCUUCAUGAUAAACAGUGAUAUGGAAGUAUAAGCCAACUAGACCCUUCCCCAACUUGCCCUUUGGUCAUGGUGUUUCAUCACAGCAAUAGAAACCCUCACUAAGACAUCCUGUGAGAUAAAUUUGGGUCGCUCAUGUGCUACAUGGCUCACAGAGUCCCAUUUACCCUGUACCUGCCUGGGUUAGUGCCUGGUCUCUCUUUCCCUCCCUCCCCUCCCUCUCUCCUUUCUUUCAUCCCUUCAAUGUCUUCAGUGUCUCACUAAGCUCAGUAUUUCCCUUCCCCCUUCCUUUUCUUCCUUCUGGGCUUGUUAGUUUUUGUUUGUUUUUAAGACUGGGACUCACUAUGUAGCUCUCUUUCUCUGGCUGGCUUGAAAUUUGACAGGUAACCCAGGCUGGCCUUGAACUCACUCCUCUAUCUGCCAAGUGCUGGGAUUAAGGCCUGCACCACCAUUCUCAGUGCUUGCUACCUUUCAUCAACUUGACCCAAAUCUGUACACCCCAGAGAAAAGAGAAUCUCAAAGGAGGAGCUGGCUCCAUCAGAUCGGUCUGUAGGCAAUAAUGAAUGACGUGAAAGGGCCGGGUCCACUGUGGGCAGUGCCACCCUUGAGCGGGUGGGCCUGGGGAGUAGAAAACUGUAACCUGUAAGCUAAAAGAAAGCCCCCCCCCUACCCCAAGUUGGUUCUGAUCAAUGUUUUAUCACAGCAACAGAACACACUCUAACACCCUUUCCUUCUUCCCUUUCUUGGUAGACCCUUUCAGGUCUACUUACCUGUCCCUGCCUUGUAAGUGCCCAGUUUCUCCUUUCCUUCCCUCCCUCCCUCUCUGCACCCACCUUCCUUCUUUCCUCCUUUCUCUUUCUUCCCUCCUUCCAAACAUGAUUUCAGGAUGUUACCCAGGCUAGUCUUUAUCUCUUGGCCUCAAGUGGUGUCUCUGUCUCAGCCUCCCAAGUACUUGGAAAUACCACAGGUACCUACCGUGGCAUCUGGCAUGGGGAUUUGUUAUUUCUCAUGGAAAUAACUCCAGCACCUACUUAACCAACCCUUCUCCCCAACACACCUUUCUUUGUUUCAGUCCUGUGAUUACAGCAUCAGGUAAUAUUGGUUGGGAUAGAUUAUUAUUUAUUUUAUGAUUUUUUUAAUUAACAUUUUUGUGAGGUACAAAAUAAUAGGUUUCAUGGGACACUUCCAUACAUAAAUAUCACGUGCUUACCUCAUAGCCAUCAAUAAUCACCCUCUCCUGUUUCUCUAUCAUCCUUUCUUGUUUGCACCUCUCCCUCCUAUUGGUCCUCCUCAUCCAUCCAAAUAGUUCUUUUAUUUUUGGGUUGUGUAUAUAUGCGUGCAUUUAAGGCUAGAUCCUGAAAAUGAGUAAAAACACAAUUUGUUUUUCCGAGUCUGGCUUAUUUUGUUCAAUGCAAUGAUCUCCAGUUCUAUUCAUUUUUUUUUCUGUAAAUAACAUACUUUACUUCCUUAUGCCGGAA